AUGCCGUUACCGUCAUCUCCUCCGGCUGGCCAUGCGACACCAGAUCAAUGGCAACCACGCACGAGAAAGACACGCACGACCGCGCAGAGAAAGGUCUAUGGGAAACGAAAAGCAGAUGCACCACGAGCAGUGUUCGAUCAGCGAAGUCCUGCAAAGGAGUUGGAAAAGACCAAGAAAAAUGCCGUUCUUGAUGAUGCUGUCGAGGGUAUCCAGACCAAGCUGGCUGAGAUAAAGAUCGAAGAGAAAGAAGUGUCCGUACCUUCAGAACGCAAGACGCGGGGGAGAAGGAUAAAGAAGGAGAAGGGGGAAGAAAAGCUACAAGAAGAUUGGCCACAAGAAAAACCACAAGAAAAGCCACAAGAAAAGCCACAAGAAAAGCCACAAGAAAAGCCGCAGGAGAAGCCGCAGGAGAAGGAGGAAAUCGAACCGCCAGUCGACAUCAAAGAUGAGACACCCUCUACCGAGAUUUCUUGCGGCCCAAACGAGUUGCUGGAGAGCCACAUGGAGCAAACACCGUCAAAGAGCGACACUAAAGCCAAGCCACGAUACUCAACAAUGGUGGAAGUGAGGAUCAGCACAGGGAGAAUGAGCACAGGAAACAUCAGCACAACCCCUCCAAAAGCCUCCCCGAAACAGCAAAGAGAAGAACAAAAUCCUACUGAGAGUAAGAAGCGGACAACAAGAAAGAAGAACAAUGCACCACGCCUGUCGUCUGGCUGUGUUCAAGACGAAAAGGCAAAUGCUUAUGUUCACCCCAUUCUCAAUGAAGCCCUGUCCCCCGUCGCCGCUCAGGGAGUCCAGAAAUUCAGCUCAUGGGCUGCCCGUGGUGGAAAUAUGCUGCAGGUUGUUAAGCUCGCAGAGGGAUCUUACGGAGAGGUCUACAAGCUUCAUCUGCGGGAAGAUGUCUGCAAGCAGGAGAUGUCCAAGUCGAAGCUUGCCCGCUUGAGGGCGUACGGCGAUAACGUGUUCAAAGUCAUACCCUUGCGAGCUCAAAGUGGCCCAGGAUCAAAGAAGUUCACCAGCAUUAAGGAAAUCGUAUCGGAAAUCAAGAUGCUCAAGUACCUAGAUCCAAUUCCUGGAUUUGCUCGUUUCAGGGAAAUUCAUGUCGUUCAGGGCCGCUUCCCAGAGUCUUUCCAGAGUGCAUGGGACCAUUACAAGAAAACCAAGGACGAUUGCCUCAACCCCAACCCCUCGAACAAGAGAGCGUACCCUGAUUCGCAAAUAUGGGCAAUUGUGGAGAUGGAUGAUGCCGGUUGUGAGCUGGAGAAGUUUGCUUGGUCAUCAGUAUUUCAGAUCUAUGAUAUUUUCUGGGGAGUCGCCAUGGCUCUUGCUCGUGCAGAAGAAUAUGCUAUGUUUGAGCAUCGCGAUCUGCACCUUGGCAAUGUUUGCAUAAAAACCACUCGUGAAAAUAACUGCAUGGAUCCGCCAACAGACCUGGAUAUCGCGCGUCGUUCAUUUUCAAGUGGAUUCGGACUUAGUACUCUGGAAACAACCAUCAUCGACUACUCGCUGUCUCGUGCUGAACUGCAAUUAAGCGACGAUCCCAAUCAGGCCCUGGAAGUAGCCUCGUCUGAUCUGGAUAAAAAGCAGAUCUUUGAUGCCAUAGGGGUGGAUGAGGAUGAUGCUCUAUUGAGAGACACAUACCGACAUAUGCGUGCUCAACUUUACACUGGAAACCCCGCCCAGACGGAAAAGACCCCCGACAUUCCUGGCAUCUGGGCUGAAUAUUCGCCCCGCACAAACCUCGUCUGGCUUCUCUUCCUGCUGAAGAACUUGUUGAAAAACCGAAAGAGCGAGCCCGCACAGCCAGCACCGGUACAGAGAAAUCCUCUCGCGCCGCGCUCGCCGAACAAGAACAUGGAAGUCAAAAAGAAGAGUGGCAAAUCGGACACCAAACCCGCUGGCAAGACUCUUGCUUCGCAGCUUUCUCAGACUGAGAUCCAGUCGCACGUUGGAAAGUUGAAAAAGACACUCGAGGACAGACUUGGUGCUGUUAUGGGGCUGCUGGAUUUCGAGCACGGACAUGAGGAUAUGUGCUGUGCUGCUGAUCUGGUGGCGUAUGCCAUUGAUUCCCAGUGGUUGGAAGAGAAGGAUUUCUUUUGA